UCUGCACCGCCUGACUGACCAAUGAGCGAUGACAUCGGGACGGCGUCCAAGCGUUUAAAGCACUAACAACAAUACGAUAGAGCACGCCAACAAAAAUACACCUUUAUCGUCCAAUCAUCUACAAGAAGCGCUUGAGUUGAGAUAAGGCUAACUGGCCAAGUGCCCCGUCCAGCUGCCGUAGCCUACACGUUGAGGUAUUGAUAUUACUGGAAUCGGUGCAGUCGAGCCGAGGGUCACAACAGUGUAUUGAUUACUCAACUGCGUCUAGCUUGCAAAAAGACCUUUACGUGAGGCAGACAUGACAUUUAAAGGGAUAGUUCACCUAAAAUAAAUUCUCAUCCGCAUUCCGUUUAAAACCCGUCUGAUUUACUUUAUUUCACAGAACACAAGAGGAAAUGUUAGUGACUGACAGCCUCAAGUCACCAAUCACUUACAUUGGAAUUGUUUUUUUUUUUUUUUUUUGUUUUUUCAUACAAUGAAGGUGAAUGAGGACUGAGGCUGUCAUUCUAAGGACAUCUUCCUUUUGUGUUCUGCGGAAGAAACAAAGUCAUAGAGCAUUACAUUUCAACGAGGACCACAAAAUCUGCAGGAAAUGGACUGACCACGGAUGGGAUUUAUGUCAUGUGACGAUGCAUUUCCAUGAUAAUUCUAAGAUUCCAUGUGGACGUGCUUUAGAUAAUACUACACGCUGUCACUAAUGGAUACAGGUGCUCAUCGGUUUGGCAGUUGAGCAGCAGCGACAUCAAUUUCUACUAACCUGGUGUGUGCUGGGAAGACAUUCAGCACUUUUAAGAAGAGAUAAACGGUAUCCUUAGCACCGUGUGGGGACAUGGAACCAGAAGCUGAAGAAGCAGAGGAGACAACGUUAGAGUCUGAGAUGUUUGUAAAGACAGUUUGUGACAAACAGGAGGUGAAGAGUGAAGAACCUAUUUGGCAGCCUUGGCAGGUGUUUGAAGAACCAAUCAUGGAGCUGCAGAGAAAGAAUAUCACAGAAAAAGAGGGUCAGAAGAAAUCAGCAGAAGACAACAAGAAUGAAGAAGGAAGUGAGACGAAAAAUGAAAUGGUUAAUAAAGUGGCAGAAGAGAUGAAGUGUGCUGAAAACUUAAGCAACAUGGCAACAGAUGCUAAUGACUCAAGUGGCGACCCAACCAAUGAGCCCAUCUCCUCAAAUUCUCACACCAACCCACCUAAGACCAAUGAAUCAGACAUAGAGCACAGCAGAAAACUGUCAAAGACUCCCAGCUUUGGGAAAACAGUUCGUUUUUUGGAAAUUGAAGCAGUGGAAGAAAGGGACAGCUCAGUGGACUCUCUUUUUCCAGACUUUGAGAUAGAAGAAUGGACCACCACCAGCUUUGAGGAGCUGUUUCUGGCAGAUGACUGGAAGGACAUUGCAGAUGACCGUCUGCUAAGGAAGAAAGUGUUACAGGCCAGUCCCGAGAAUGUCCUGACCCCGGCUUGGGGUCAAGAGGUCACACUGAAAAUGCAGGGUGUGCUGGAGGAUAGGACUGUGGUGGAGAAAGACUGCAAGCUGGUCUUCAUUAUCGGAGAGGGAGAUGUCAACCAGGCCCUGGAAGAGUGCGUCAUUUCAAUGACGAAAGGGGAGAUCGCUUUACUGCUUGCAGAUUCACAAUACACCUACGGACACCUGGGAAGGGAGCCUGAUAUACCAGCCUGGGCUCCUCUCCUGUAUCAGCUGCAACUCCUAGACUUCAGAGAAAAGCCGAACCCCCUUUCACUGCCCAUCCCCGACCGGAUCCGCAUCGGCAGCCAGAAACGAGAGCGAGGCAACUUCUACUUCCAAAGGGAAGAGUACAGCAUGGCAGCCCAGGCUUACUGCAUGGCUUUGGACAUGCUUACAACACGCACAUAUGACAGUCAAAGCUGUGUGGCAGAGGAGGAAGAAGAGGAGGUGAACGACCACCGGGUAAAGUGUCUGAAUAACCUGGCAGCAGCACAGCUGAAGCUUGGACAGUUUGAUGAGGCACUGCACACCAGUCGAGAUGUGCUGUUUCUGGAUCCCCAGAAUGUCAAAGCGUUAUUCAGGAAAGGGAAGCUUUUAUCGGACAGGGGUGAGUAUGAGGAGGCCAUGGAGACCCUGAAAAAGGCUUUGAAACUGGAGCCGUCCACUAAGGCUAUUCAUGCUGAACUGUCCAAGCUGGUAAAAAGACAGGCGGGGGAAAGUGAGACCCAGAGUUGGCAAGCUAAACCAGCUCAAAACAUAGCGCCCUCUCUGACACCUCCUCCCAAAAAGAAGCCGUUUGGAAUUUCUUGGAAGUUUCUGCUCGGAGCUCUGGUGGUGGCCUUGGGCAGUUUAGUCACAUCUGUGGUCCUGACCGCACGGAACUAGCUCUCUCGACCUACUUGCAAAUUAACUACAAGUCGCAUAAACAGACAUUCCACAGAGCUGCCAAGGGACGGAGGAAAAAAUGCAGCUGCAUGGGCGGUUCUUCCGGUGGCACACCGACUUAUGCAAAACAGAAUAUACGCACAGAAAAAAAGGGCAAGGCAAAUGCAUUUAAAAUACUUGCAAUAAAAACACGAGUAUUAAUAU